AUGGCUGCCGAGCCUCUGGCUAAUGGCACCGGUGCCAACAAUAAAAGAGUCGCCUACUUCUACGACUCGGAUGUGGGAAACUAUGCCUACGUCUCUGGGCACCCCAUGAAGCCCCACCGUAUACGCAUGACCCACAGCUUGGUCAUGAACUACGGCUUGUACAAGAAAAUGGAAAUUUAUCGUGCCAAGCCUGCAUCGAGAUAUGAAAUGACCCAGUUCCACACAGACGAGUACAUCGACUUUCUCUCCAAAGUGACUCCGGACAAUAUGGACCAGUUCGGCAAGGAACAGAGCCGAUACAACGUGGGUGACGACUGUCCGGUAUUUGAUGGUCUGUUCGAAUUCUGCGGUAUCAGUGCUGGUGGCAGUAUGGAGGGUGCUGCCCGUCUAAAUCGCAACAAAUGUGAUGUUGCAGUCAACUGGGCUGGAGGCCUUCACCAUGCUAAGAAAAGCGAGGCUAGCGGCUUCUGCUACGUCAAUGAUAUUGUGCUCGGUAUCCUCGAGCUCUUACGGUUCAAGCAGCGUGUGCUUUACAUUGAUAUUGAUGUUCACCACGGCGAUGGUGUCGAGGAGGCCUUCUACACUACAGACCGUGUGAUGACGGUUUCAUUCCACAAGUACGGAGAGUACUUCCCUGGUACGGGUGAGCUCCGAGAUAUCGGUGUCGGCUCAGGAAAAUACUAUGCUGUCAACUUCCCCUUGCGCGACGGUAUCAACGACGCCUCUUUCAAGAGCAUUUUCGAGCCUGUGAUUAAGAGUGUGAUGGAAUGGUACCGCCCAGAAGCUGUGGUUCUGCAGUGCGGUGGCGACAGUUUGUCGGGCGAUCGUCUGGGCUGUUUCAACCUCAGCAUGCGCGGCCACGCCAACUGUGUCAGAUUCGUGAAGAGCUUCGAUCUGCCAGUGCUAGUUCUUGGCGGUGGUGGCUAUACUAUGCGCAAUGUCGCGCGUACCUGGGCCUAUGAGACCGGUAUCUUGGUCGGCGAUAAUCUGGGCUCCGAAUUGCCCUAUAACGACUAUUACGAGUAUUUUGCUCCAGACUAUGAACUUGAUGUUCGUCCUUCCAACAUGGACAAUGCGAACACCAAGGAAUAUCUGGACAAGAUCCGAAACCAGGUCAUCGAGAACCUCAAGCGCACUGCAUUUGCGCCGUCCGUCCAAAUGACCGAUGUUCCCCGCAACCCACUGGUGGAAGGCAUUGACGAUGAAGCCGAUGACGUCCUUGAUGAUCUCGAUGAGGACGAAAACAAGGACAAGCGUUUCACUCAACGCCGCUUCGACCAGUACGUGGAGAAGGUUGGUGAACUGAGCGACAGCGAGGACGAGGAGGAGAAUGCGCGCAAUGGCGUUCGUCGCCAACCAAACGUCCUCCGUCGCCGAAACCAGGUCAACUACCGAAACAUAGAUGAUUCGGGUUUGGACAGUGGUGUUGCCACCCCGCAGGAGGGCUCAUCUGUCGCCGAUGGCGAGCUUGACGCUGGCCUGGACACCAAGAUGAACGACAUCCCCCGUACCGAACCCGAAGCAUCCGGCACUACCGGCGCUUUCAACGGGCAGAAUACUACUGCUGACACCGACCAAAUGAUGGACGAGGAGAAGGGUGGUUCGGCUGCUGCGUCUCGGCAGCGGUCGCCUCCUGUCCAGGACGAGGACACCGCAAUGGAGGAUGCGGACCCAGUGGCCGAGGCAGCGUUGGCCGAAGAGGUCGAGCAAAAGCUCGAACCCACGGACCUGGACAACAAUGUCCGGAACGCUCCUGUGUCGCCUCAUCGGGGCGGCCCCUCGCCUGCGAAUGGCUCUUCUGCCGCCGCCACCGGGGGUGCAGAGGGAUUCGGGAAGCCUGCGGCCACUGUCGAACCUGGGACCCAGGAAUCGGCCCCAGCGACUGGGGAAGCUCCUGCCAUGAAGGAGGAGUGA